AUGUCUCUCGGCAAGAAAGUUACCCUCAACUCUGGCCACCAGAUCCCCCAGCUGGGCUUCGGUACUUGGCAGUCCGCUCCUGGUCAGGUUGGCGAGGCUGUCUAUGAGGCAUUGAAGGCUGGUUACCGCCACCUAGAUUUGGCAACCAUCUAUCAGAACCAGCGUGAGGUCGCAGAUGGCAUCAAGCGUGCUUAUAAAGAUGUACCCGGUCUGAAGCGUGAGGAUAUCUUUAUUACCUCUAAGUUAUGGAAUAACCAGCACCGUCCAGAGGUUGUCGAGGCCGCUUUGGAUGCUUGCCUUGCUGAGCUUGAGUUAGAUUAUCUUGAUCUUUAUCUUGUUCACUGGCCCGUUGCCUUUGCGAAAGGCGAUUCAUACUUCCCUCUAGUUGCCAAUAGCACCGUCGAGGGUGGGGAUGUGAUCAUUGAUGACGGCGUCUCUAUUGUGGACACCUGGAAGGCCAUGACCCAGCUCCCUAAGAGCAAGGCCCGCUCCGUUGGUGUCUCGAACCACAAGAUUGAGCAUCUCGAGGCUAUCAUUAAUGGCACCGGUGUCGUCCCUGCAGCCAACCAGAUCGAGCGACACCCGGUGCUCCAGAGCAAUGACUUGAUUGAGUACUGCCAACAGAAAGGAAUCCACGUCACUGCUUACUCUGCAUUUGGUAACAACAUGCUCGGAAUUCCCCUACUCAUCACUCGCCCGGAGGUCAAAGAAGUUGCCGAGUCUGUUUCAAAGCGCACUGGUCAGGAAGUCACCCCCCGCACAUGUCAUGUCGGCGGACAUAGUGUCAUCCCCAAGUCGGUCACAGCUUCACGCAUUCGUGACAACUUCAAGGAGGUGGAACUCACCCCCGAGGAGGUUGAAAAGGUUAGCGUGCUGGGCCAGAACCGGAAGCGCUACAACAUUCCUUAUACUGCCAACAAGCCUCGUUGGAACAUCAAUAUCUUCGGCGAGCCCGAGGAAAAGCCCGCUGAUCACAAGGUCAUUCUGAGUGUUUAG